AUGCCAAUCUCACCAAGACACCGAGAUGGCCGGAGGCAUUCUCGGUCAUCUGAUGAAGAAUAUGUCGUUUUUAUCCAAGGAAUCCCGCCCCAGUGUCGGUGGCAGGAACUGAAAGAUCUUGUACGUCAAACUGCACUACAUAUACGACAGGCGGUAGUUUACGAUGAUUGCAACGGACACCCCACCGGACUAGGACAGAUUAUCAUUAAGAAUGAGGAUGAAGCGUGGCGUACUUACCACAGGUUGUCAAUCAACGGGUGGAAUGGCAAUUGCUUAACGGUUACGCUGUCACUCGCAAGUGCGCCAACCAAACCUAUUGCAGGACCUACCAGGAGUCCAUCCACAGGCAGAGUCCCAUAUGCUGCUGGGGGAUUCUCGAAUCCCCAGAGAUGCGCAUCCCUGGUUUCGACCGCGACAAGCACUAUGCCCCCUGAGAAUCUUUCGCCCCCUCCGCCCUAUGCUCCAUCACCAGAGUAUUCGCACUUUAUCACCAAUACAAAUACGCUUUGUCAUACUCCGCUCGUUUCCUUUACGACGGAUGUACUAGGUUACCAGUUCCCGGUGAUUUACCCCACUGACAUUCACUUCCCCAUGCAAGCCUCGGUUCUGGGCCCGCAAUUUGAACCCUCGCCGAUCGGGGUCCACAGGUAUUCCACAUCAACUUGUAUCCAGCCCCUUUACGAACUAUAUGGUCACAUUAUACCCCGUCAAACCUGUAAUGCCAACAACAACGUUAACAUACUUUGCGAAGAUUCCAGAAUGAUACCCUCGUGUAGCAUAUUUAUACAAAAUCUUGCCAGUGACACCACGUGGCAAUAUCUAAAAGAUUAUCUCCGGAAAGCAGGUAUUGUGGAGAGAUGCGAUAUUCGCGAAGAUCGGAAAGGGGGGGGUCGUCGAUCAAGAGGAUAUGCGACGGCAACGUUCCGAACGAAAGAAGAAGCACGAAGAGCCAUCACGCUUUUUGACAAUACGUAUUUCAAGGGAUCAAGAAUUCGUGUUCGGUUUGAUCAGGAUAAUGGACGAAGCUGCAGCUUUACUGGAAAUGGUGGUAGCAAUGGUAACGUGAAUGGGAGCGGAACGGACUCUCCUCCUUCUCAUGUCGAUCGGAACAAAAAUAUGGCCGUAAACGGAAGCGCAAAUGGACGUGGAUCUGGACCUGGAAAUGGGAACAGAGAUGGGAACGAUGUGAAAACGAGUUCAUCAGUCACCGCGCCUUCACCAACCGAUCCAAAGUCACCCACGGUUGUGACUAGUCCUGUUCCGAAAUCCAGUGAGUCUAGGUCCCCGAAGAGAAGUGAGCCAUUAGUUGUCAACGGAUCAAGGGUUGGAUUGAAAGCUGGACGAUCCAGAGGCGAAAAGGUUGGCUGCGAAGGUGAACUUGCGCGAAAGAUCCAAGAGAUUCGACUGUGA